AUGGCUGGAAACAAGAAGAAGGAACAUCUCAUGGAAGAUGAGGACAGCGGUGAUGCGGAAGAUCAAAUUGAAGACGAGGAAGAAAUGGAAGAGAAAGAUCACGAUGAAGCUGACAAAAUGAUACUGCAAGAUGAUGAUGAUGAAUCCUCAUCGGAGAAUCAAGAUGAUUCCGAAGCUUCCAGUCAUAUGAAUGAAAACACUCGACCUAAAAAGAAGAAGAAAACUUAUCACUCGUGUGUAGUGCUGCGUGAUUUUAAAGGAGAUUUGGAAAAGGCUGGUUCUUUUGGUAACAUCUCUGACAUGGGUGUUUCGUUGAUAUUAUUAUUUGCAGAGAAGGAUACCACUUUUAAUUUGGCACUCACUUGCAAAUGGAUAUAUUCUGUCUAUUUGGAAUUGAGAUCUUAUAGUUUAGAUUUCAUUCGUUUGGAAUAUCUCAAUAGCAGAUGUACUCAGUACAAAUACUUGUCAAGUUUAUUUAAACCAUUGAUAUCCCCAUCAAUGACUUAUAAUGAACUGAAGAAAGAAAUUGUUGGAAAUGGGAGAGAAAUAGUUAAAGGGAUGGAAAAUGUAAUUGCCUUUGAACCAGUAGAUAUUAUGCGUGAUGAUCCGUCAUUAAUUUUGCCCAACAAAUUUUCACAAAGAAGAAACGUUCUAAUCAAUCUCUUUCAAGAUUUUUCACAAGAAGAUAUCGAGGAAGGAACAGUCAUUCGCAAAGACAGCCCUUUCCAUAAGAUGAAUUUGUUGAGAUGGAAGAAUUUCGGUGUCAAAAAUAUGAAUGAAUUUAAAGUUAAGGUGGAAGAGAAUUGCAGUGAUAUGAUUCGGAUUUUACUUGAUUGUUUGUGGAGACAUAACGCUUCCAAUAAGGAACAAUUCAUUGUUGCUGGAGACAUUUUCUGCAUUCAGAAUGGUGAAACACCAGAAAAGUGUCACUUUUCAUUGAGGAGAAUUUUAUUUGAAUUUGAAAAGUUGGCAAAGAACGAAGGCCAUGAAUACGCUGUUGUGAAGAAUAACGGUUGUUUGAACAUUCAUGGAAAAGAAUCAUCCAAUAUUGCACAAUUCAUUUUGAGACGUGUUGAUACAAUCGAGGAAUUGAUGACAUUCUUUGACAUUGAUUGUUGUCGCUUCUGCUAUGACGGUACUAAUGUGUACACAGUGAGAGAAGGUAUUAACAGUAUUUCCACAUUGCAUAACUUUGUUUCCUUUGAACACAAAGGAAAAGGGAUGUAUACCAGUCGGGCCUACAAAUAUGGCAAACGCGGUUACACAACUUGGUUCACCAACACCCAUCCUCUUGAUCAUUUCCAUGAUUGCUCAAAAAAGGUUGAGAGUAUACAAGAAAAAAUUGAGUCUGGUAUAAUUGACGAAAGUGAAUGUUUAUAUGGAGAAGGAACUGACAGAGAUGAUUUAGAAGGACUUUACUCCAUUUUCAACAACAUAAGUUUGUCGUAUAGACAUAUUGUGACUAUUAGAAGGAUUGGCGUCAAGAACUUCUUGGCAAUUGGAUGGGAGAGCUACUACUCUGGAAUGUGGUUGGAUGUUGAUUUUGAUGAUUAUGACUUAGAAAAAAUUGAAUAUCCAGAAACUGAAGAGUUUGAUGGCUUUGUAAGAAGAGUGACUAGUGAAGAUAUACACUACUUUUGUUUGAGUGUUAGAGAAUUAUAUAUGAACGAUGCUAGUAUUUUCUUUACAGAUUACUAUUUUGAUUCACAUUUGAGAGGAAAAUAUAAUUUUUGGAAAUGUUAUUGUUGUGGUUUUUAUCGACAUUCGAGCGACUUGGAUCUUGAUGAUGAUAAUUCCAAGUUUAAUAUGUGCAGCACAUGUAGAAGCUUUAAUUCCAACAUGAAAAAGUUGAAGAGAGAUUUAACUGGCAAAGUUGCAAUAGUGACAGGAGGGCGCAUUAAAAUCGGUUUCAUGGUUACGAAAACUCUUUUGGAAAAUGGGGCCACAGUCAUUGUCACUACUCGAUUUGUCCACGAUGCUCACAAGAAAUUUUCAGAAUAUUCUGACUAUGAAGAAUGGAAAUCAAGAUUAUUCAUCUACCCUUUGAACCUCAAAGAUGGCGCGUCUAUCAUGUCAUUCUGUGCUUAUAUUAGAAACAAUUUUAAGCAUGUGGAUUAUUUAAUUAACAAUGCUGCUCAAACUGUUAGAAGACCCCUCAAAUAUUAUGAAAACUUGCUUUCAAAAGAAAAGGAGUACUUGGAUGAAAAGUAUUUGGGUGAUAUCAAAGUUGACAACAAGGAAGACUCUGCGACAUCAUUUAAUCAUGGAAGUGAAUCUUCUCAACUGGUCUUGAGAAAUGACAAUUCUAAAGUCGUAGUGUACAAGGACGAAAGAACCCUCAGGCAACAUUGUUUAGAUGUGACUGAAAAGUACAAUCUUACUAAGGAGGAUUUCGAUUCAAAUUUAGACAAAAUGUUUCCACCUGGAGAAACUGACGAGUUUGGAGAGCAGCAGGAUAAUAGAACUCACCACUCAUGGACAUACAAGUUACCAGACGUAGACACUGUCGAAUUGUUAGAGACUCAAAUGAUCAAUAAUAUUGCUCCAACAAUUCUUGUGGCUCAAUUAAUGGAAAUUAUGCAACCAAAUGUUGACGAGAGUCAUUGUACCUAUGAUAUGGAUGAUUUAUUGACCGGCAAACAUUUGUCAUAUAUUGUAAACGUGGUCUCUCAUGAGGGUAUCUUUAACGUGGAAGGUAAAACCGAUUCUCACAUCCAUACAAACAUGUCGAAAGCAGCAUUGAACAUGCUCACACGAAGUGCUGCUUCCUAUUAUGCCAAGAAGGGCAUAUUGAUGAAUUCAGCUGACACCGGAUGGAUAUCAUCGGCUAUUGAGACCUUUAUGGAACCUCCAUUGAACAUCAGUGACGGUGCUUAUCGAAUCCUGCAUCCGAUUCUUACUGCCUCUCUGGAUUAUGGAAAGUUGUACAAGAAUUACCAUGAAAUUAAAUGGUAA